AUGGCAGCAUCGCUGAGUUUGCCGAACCUUGGCAUCGUUGAUGGUAGAAAGGCCAGACAAGUUUUGAAUACCCCUGCCCUACGAAUUACCGCCCGUGGAGGCACAUACUGCGCGGUCGCUCCAUCACAGCCUGUUUUACGAAACACAUCGAUCACGCAUCAAGACUGUCUCAAAUACGCUCACAUCAACACACGAUCAGCGAUUCUCACGCUCGGCGAACAUCUCGAUCUUCGCCUUCACGACUUCCCUCUCCUUUGCAGCACCACUUUGCCAUCGGAAUUGGAUUUAAAGACACUCUGUCGGCUGAACAGUUACUCCUUCGGCGCUAGCAUGACUGUGGUUGGCCUCAAAUUGGUUAUCACUGCACAAGAGCUCCUACGUACUGCUGGGAUUCACUCCGCUGUUACUGGAGAUGUGGGCCUUAGCUAUCAUGGGGUAGACAUUGUUACACAUCUUCUACCAUCCGUACCAGCACGCUUCAAGAUCCUCAAUGCGGAUGAGACGUUCGAACUCCAUCUGGUCGAGGACUCAAUGCUUGGACUCCGACUGACGCCAAACUUAUUAGAGCGAGGGCUGUGCUUUGCAACUGUGCACCCGCAGCUACAAGAUCUAUGUGAAGGUACCGAAGCCGUCGAGCUUGCUGCGAUCACUUGGCCUUCUCUGGCGGAAUUUCUACGUGGAUGGCUUCGACUUGCUGAGACGAAUAAGCACUCUGAAGUUUCGAUGAUAUAUCUCAUGCAAGCCGAGAGGCUUAUCGAUGCCAACGAUAAGAUUGAUGAAGAGUGGUUGGAACUCAAUGUGAAGGAGCCUGCAUGCUGUAAGCAAGGGAAGAAGCUCCUGAAAGGCAAAGCAAGCCGAACCAUGCAAAGUACAUGGGACUAG